AAAUCGCAAAACGACGAUAUGAAUCAAGAACCCACUCGGCGAGGAUUUGUAUCAGGUUCUGCACAUUUUCCGGCAAAAAACACAGCCGGAGAAGAUGUCAAUCCAAACCAUAGCCUCCCUUGCCGUCUGUUGGCUCCUGAUGGGUUACCAGAUCGGGUUCGCCUUAAUAUUUACUCUAAGACAGAAUAUCUUGGAAUUCUGGUUGAACUACUAGAGGGUUCUGAGGCAUGGGAAGAUCACCAAGACCCUGCAUAUCUAUCUGUUUGGAAUCGGCUAUUUGGGGAGAAGAGGAUAGUGACAGUGAUGGAUGUUAUUGAUAUGCUAAGGGAUGAUAAUAAUGUGGAGCCUCAUAAGUGGUUCACCACUUGGAAGAAGUUGAGUCUUGCUUUAAUUGUGCUUGUAGAUGGGGUGGUGGUUUGCAACAACAGAAAAGCUAGUCGGGUAACUGGGACUUUUGUUGAGAUGCUACAUGCUAUUAAAUUCUUCAUGAAUUACCCAUGGGGACGGGUUUCUUUUGAAGCAACAAUGGAACGGUUCGGUCCUUCACUGCUUGAGAAAGAUCCUAUUGAAGAGCUCAAGACCAGGCUUUCACAAAAAAGCAGCUGCUGUUACGGGCCUUCUGUUGAUCUUUCUCGCACCAUUCUUCUUCGCGAGUCAGAUGUUGUUGAUGCUGAAUACAAUCCUAAUGUAAUGGAAUACACUCUUUACCAUUCGGAACCGCUGAAGAAAGAUCUGUCUUGGCCUGAUGAAGUUGUUGAUCCAGGAGUCGAAUUGAUUAUCUCUUUGAUCAACCAAACGCACGACUUCAAGCCUCAGAUAUGGCAUGUACACGACAUUCCCUGCUCUCCUACUGUGGCUGAAGAGAAAAAAGCAACUGAACCCAAGAAAGGUCCGACAGCGGAAAGACAGGAGGGAAAAGGCACAGCAGGAGCUCCUUUAUAUUCUGAAGGAACAAAAUUUGUUGACCUGCAUUCAGAUGAUGCAGAGGAACAAGGCACAUCUGAACCUAGGAAAGCUGCGAAGAGGUCGAGAAAUGGGAGCUACCAUUUUCCUCGAAAGCUCUUCACGCGGUCAGCCAAAAUUGCAGAAGAGUUUGUUGGGAGCUCAUCUUCUCAGUUUGUUACCCAUUCUGACUUGUCUGACUUGAAGGCUUGGAUCUAUCAACAGCUUGGCGACCUGCGAUCCAAUAUUAAUGAUGAUAUUUUGAAGUUGGUAGGGGAUAAGUCUCAACAGUGUAAGCCAGGGCAUCCUCAGACCGAGACAUCAAGAAGUAAGGCCAAGAAGAAGAAGGAGAAACCAGGUUCCCGGAAACGUAAAAGAAAAGAUGUUACAUCUUUGUCUUUUGGAAGCUCUUCAUCCGGUUUGAAACAUGGUUUAUCUAAAGACAUUCCCAUUGGUAAAGAUGGUGGAACUUGUCUGAAUUUUGAAGCCUCAAAUGAUACGUGGGAUCAUUAUGGGGCUGCAAAAUCUAUUUCUCAAAAAGAAACUGGUGAGGAGGAAUUAUUUGCUGGUUCUCCUAAGCAAGCUCCUGCUACCCCGGUAACACCUUCUGCACAGAAGAUACCAGCAGAGAUCCCUACCUCUCCUAUCCCAAACUCCAAUGCAGAAGACUGCAAUGCAGAAGAGCAUCAGAAAGAAACUAUUGAUGAAGAAUUAUUUGCUGGUUCUCCUAAGCAAACUCCUGCUACCCCGAUGAUGAAUGUGAAUAUAUUCCAUAUCGUAGUAAAGAAGCUUGGAGAUGAAGACGCCAAUCACCUAGCUCCGCUAAUGCUCACAAACAAACGAGGAAGGGACAUUGAGUUAUCCGGGGAUAUUCUACACUCAGCAAAUAUAACUCCUCUAUGUGUCGACCCAGUCCACAUAUAUCCAGGUGGGGUUACUAGAACCUUCUUUACCCGUUGUUUGGACGUAGAGAAUGUUAAGGUAAUUUAUUAUGAAUCUCUAUGUCUAAUAACCCGAGAGGGAGAUAUCCACGGUUCCCUUGCUUUGCUUAACCAAUUCGUGCCUACAUAUGAGCACGCUACUGUCGCCUAUGCCAUGUUUCAAAUGUGUGCGGGGAGGGGUGAUAUUGCUGGGGCUACUUUCGACACAAUUUUCGAAAACUUAGGUAGUCGUCUUUGGUUCGAUAAUUACUCUCCCGAUUUAGAUGAUGAAUGUGAAGCUUUGAUUGACACACUAUUGACAUUUGACCCUCCUGGUGAAGAUACCUUUGGCCCCAUUUGGGAGUUUGCUUAUUCUUAGAAGAUAUGCAUACCUGAUUGUGCAUAUUGGCAUGGUCACAAAUAUUAUUGCGAAGGAUGUUACAUCUUCAAUUCAGCAUUACGUAUAUGUGAACUUCUCUAGAACUUCUUGUAUUGCUGUAACCUUUAAUGUAAAAUAACUAAUAUUCAAAAUU